CCCGAGGGCAGGCGCGUCCGGCGUCUGGCGGGGCACCACUACGCGCACCACGUCCACCUGCACUGCACUCCAGCUGGCCGGCAGAGGCUGGGUGAUGCUCUCCACUCGCUGCCCAACUCGCCCGGGAGUGCACUGCGCGCGGCCGCUAGCAUGGGCGUCACCAGCAUCCAGGACGCGAAGGUUUUGAUCGCGUCGACCAAAGUCAAGGAGCGCGGCGCCGGCCUCAAGGACCUGAUCCACAUCCUGAAGCACAACCAUGGCAAGGCGAGCCUCGAGACCAUCACCAACAAGGCGUACCUGGCGCUGUGUGAGACGCUCUUCCAGUGCCUGCGCGACGAGCGCUCGACGUACCAGCACCACCUCGCCGGCAGGACCAAGUCGGCCCAGACCCACGCGAACCUCCUCCAGCUCGCCGCCGUUGCCCUGCGCCAUGUCAUCAACUCGGCGCUGCGCACCAUCAAGGCCACCACCGUCGAGCUGAUCGUCGAGACCAUCAUCGAACUGCUGCCCGACAAGAACGGGAGGUUUCUCGGUCCUCUCGACGAGCUCCCCAAAGCCCUCCGCGCACUGUUAGAAUACCAGCCCCAUGUAGAGCGCAUGUCGCACGACUGCUGGCACGACACUGUCCAGUUCUGCACCGAGUCUCUGUCCACCAUCUUCGCUGUCGCAGAAGAAGAGCCGCACGACAGCUGGGAAACCACCGUCUCUAGUCGCGCUCGAACCCCCUUUGAGUCCACCGACGGCGCACCGAGGCCCAGUCUGCGAGGCAAUGACAGCGCACCAAGAGCCACCCCACGGGGCACCGCGUCGCGUAGCAGACGCUAUACUGACGGACAGACGAUUACGGCUGAAGACCUAGUUCAAUGCCUGCACAUGCUUGCGAAGGCUUCUAAUGCCCCUAUCUUAUCCUGCGCACAUGCUAUUCUUGAUGCCCUCAUCGCGUUUCUUCAGAAGAAGACGGGCCGUGGAACUCCCGCGGCGCUUGCAGCAAUCAAUGCCAUAUUGCCUCGCGUCAUAUUGUCCAAAUCCCAACUCAGUGAACAAGUCAUCAGGGAGCUCCUCCCGCUGUUAAGAUCGCUGUGGUCUGACCCUGUCAUAAGGGACGAGGUCAUGAUUACCUUGACUUACGUCGAAGCACACCUUCGACACCUUGUGGCUACUGACAGUGAUGGUGUACUUAGUCUCGAUGCAGAAGCGCUUGUUGAAGCCUUCUACAGCGACUACAGGCGCAGACAGGAGACCACAGCGCAUCAGUUUCUAGAGGAGGAUUAUCUCUGCUUUCGCAAAGCAGGUGGAGUGGCUGCCAACGUUCAUCCGCUGUCGACGCACACGUUUUCCAUGGAUACUGAGAACGUCCGUUACGAGUCCUUGUGGGCUACAGUCGCGUAUAUCGCAAAGCUAUCCGCCAUGCUGGAUGGUAGAAAACACAAGCUGGCCCGUGGAAAUGACCGUGAUGAUGAACUAGCCACGAAGCGUCAUCGCAUUACCCACCAUUUUGAUGAAUACCUUCGACAUGUCUCCGAGACUCGUUCCAACGCUAAACGGUCUGCCCUCCAAGUUCUUGCAUUCAUGGUGCAGGAAAUUCCACUUGAUGAGGACCAGAUUUUGGCUCUAUUGGACAAGCUAACUGUGAUAAUCUCGGCUGAGAACUCCGUACACUCGUCCUGGGCCAUGAUUGCACUAGCAGCAAUCGCUUGCCAGCAGCAGGCUACCAAAGAUGCGCUGAAGCCCUACUGGUCUUCAGUCUGGCAAUCUGCAACUCGAGCCGUUACGUCUCUAUCCUCGUGUCGUGCAGCCUGCCAUUUGAUGGAUGUGUUGUUGAAACUCGACGUUGUCUCUUUCUCAACCGUCACCGCUAGUGUACAAAACAUGCUGUUCUCGAUUGAACUCAGUGGACCAGCAUUACUUACAGAGACAAGCGCGGCUUUCAUGACUACAUUGAUCCGUGAGAGGGUCAAGGAGAACCCUACUAGUCACGAUGUGACCGCUGAAAGGAUUCUCAAUUGGCUGUUUGGCAAAUGGACCCCACACCUUUGGGCAGAACGAACGUCGACUUCUCUCAACGCACAUCAUUGCGAUGCUCGUGACAUACUCUCUCUGCUACAUGCGUGUCUGGAUCGUUCUGUCGCUUCUGUACGACCUGCCGUUUUCCAGAUUCUUGGGCCCAUAGCCCAAGCUCGUCUACGAAUCGCUAAUUUCGCCGACCUUUCUGCGUAUCUUCUACUCCUUGAGCCUCAAGAGAAAUUUAUCCGAGAGCUGACACUAGCAUCUGGUGCUGUCAACUCUACUCCAUCGAGUUGCGCCAUUCAACUUGAGGGCCGCAUAGUGAACUUCUGCAUAAGUGAGCUAGAGCGGACCAAGUCACGGUGGAAAGAUAUGUCACAACAAAAUCCACAAGGUAUUACUUCAAACAUGUGGCGCGUUAUCACCAAUUUUUGCGUUGUCACGGCGGCGCUGAGCGCUUUGCUUCACCGCAACGACCGUCCUGUAGCGGCACUAGAUGCUGCUACAGACAGUGCCGCACAAUCGUUAAGUCACUUGCUCGCCAAACCUCAGACUGAGCAAUACAAGAUGGAAGCGGUUCUCGAGACGUGCGCUGCCAGCCUGCCCGAUAUCACCUCUAUAACAACUCUCUCCUCCACUGUUUUUCAUGAGGCUGGUGUUUCAUAUUUGGCAACGCACCUGCGUCGUGCUCUUAACAGCAGGCAGGAGACCAAGCGAUCUUUUUACGCUGAAGAUGAGGAUCUCAUGGAUCUUGAUGGUGGUAUGGAUUCGCAAAUGUCCAAUGGUACAUCUACAAAUGAAGUCGAGGUGCCACGCCACGACCUUCAGGCUUCCGGAGAAGCAGGCGCACUGCACGCAUGCAGUGCUACCUAUCUCCACCUUAUCUCGUCGGUGGGUGAUCAGCUCGAGGAUGAACGAGAUACAAUACCUGCCGAGUUCAUUGAGCACUUGGUUUCUAAAUCACAGUCUGACUUGCUCCGUUCUCGACAACUACUCAAGGGGAUACUGUGUGGUCACUUCCAUAUGUCAGCAGCCGAUUGCCUCAAACUCUUGGAAAAGCUUAUGGAAGCUUUGAUUGAUCCAACUGCGCGAGAAUACAACUCAUCGGAAGUAGCCAAUUGCAUGAUGGUUGAAACUCUGGUCGGAAUGACAAAAGUGUGGAACUCAGAACCCAUCGAUCAGGAAUCAGAGGAAGUUCAAGAGCAGACGCAAGCACUGUACGAAUAUUACACCAGGGACAUGGAAAAAAGUGGAGUUCGCGCAUCUCCAAGUUUGCAAACACGUGUUGCUGAUUUCUUGCACGGUCUGCUAUCGUGCUACAAUAUCUCCAACGACGCGAAGUCGCCAUCAGUACGAACAAGACUCUUCCAACUACUAUCAAAGGGGGAGAUGACUGUCAAAUACCACAUCGCUAAGAAGCUACCAACCGUUUUCGAGGUAUGGUCUCUUUCUACACAUGACGAUAUCUUGCAAGACGUUGACAGCCACCUUCCCGGAGACGGGGAAGACCUGGAAGGCAUCGCGAUACGUCUGCUUGUUUUAUCUAAGCUCGCCUCGCGCUGGCAUACUCUGCUCAGGCAGUGUGUGUACCGUAUUUUUGCAACCGCUGGUGUUGUUUCUACCGCAGCGCUACAUGCAAGCCACUGCAUAUCUGAAGUGGCGCGUGCUAAGAAACUCGGCGAUUCGACGUCAUUAUUCCGGUUGUUUGCUCCUCAAGUUAUCUUCACCUGGCUUGAUCGCAAACGGAAGUACGCAGAGAUACCAUAUACGAUAUUCGGCUACGACUCACUCGCACAUUUGCUGCGUGAUGUCGAAUCAGAGGCUGUCGGACAAGCAAUCAUGCUUGGCAUGGAGUCGGAGGUCGAUUACAUUGCCCAGGAGCUAGGUGUCAAAGUAUCUGAAUUGCUCUCAAGGAACAUCAGCAAAGCUGCCGCUUACACCAUAUCCUGGGAUACGUGUAGAGGUUCUGGGCGGAACAAAGAUUUACCAAGCAACGAACAGCUGUUGUGUAAGCUCAUCAGCAAAACCGACCACGAGCAGAAGGUCGGCGGUGACAGAGGCAACAUGAAGAAUGGCCAUGCUACAGGGCCUAAGCAUCUAUCCUUAGAUCAGAAAUAUUUUGCCCUAGCGCUAGGGCAUCUAUUCCAGACCGUUGAUUACGAAGAGAGGAUAAAGAAGUCACUUGAGAAACGUAACUCAUCCGACCCCGCUCUCCACGCUUUGACAAGGAUGCUCAACAACUCUCAGUCAUCUGGAGACUUCAAUGUCGGCAUCGAACCAUCCUUCUCUGCAUUCUACCUCCCAGAUCAGGUUGACCGGCUCUGCCGCCGCGCAUUUGGAGGUAUAACAAACUUUUGGAAUCCGGCCACGUACACGCUUGUCCUACGGAUGCUCCUAGACAGGAUUCAUCCCGCUCUGGGCUCAUUGUACGCCCGAUCAAUGAUCCGCAAGAUCCGAAUCGUGGUGGCUUUCGCCGGUUCAGUAGCGUACCAAGGAUACCCUUUGCAGAUGACGCUGCAAUCACUAAGGCCCUUCCUUACAGACAUUCAGUGUGCAGAAGAUACCAUCGGCAUAAUACAAUACUUAUUCGAGAAUGGAAUGCAGUACUUGAGCGACAAUCUCAGCUUCGUUACUGGCAUCGGCUUGUCCAUUUUGAUCUCACUACGGAGCUUUCUUGGCUCAUCCCAGGAGAUCAUGACGCAGCAAUCCCAAUAUUUGGCUUCUAUGGACUCGGCCAAGGUGUUUCAUACAUGGCUCACGGCCAAACUGAAAGGAUAUUCCGAGGGUUUAACAGUCAACGAUCCAUCUUCAGUCAAUGCGUUCAAACUCAUUACAACAGCGGCUUCCCAGGUACGUCUACAGGGUAAUUCCAUACGUGACAGUGAAGAAAGUAAGCUCCUGCUCGAAAUAUUGGAGGACGUUAGAUCAGGUCGCAAGCUCUUGAACACAACGUCUCGAGACGUGGCACUCAAUUUGCUGUGCCAAGAUUUCCAACCAGCAUCGACCGCCGCAGAGGACAUACUUGGAAAUGAUAUAGAUGCUGCGGGGUAUGCACCUUUCGUGUGGGAUUCGUGUCGUCGUGGCAACGUUGGCCAUGGCUAUCUUCGUUGGGCGGCACGAGUACUGGGCCGUGCGUUCAGUGCGUUCGGCGGUGUCGAGCGAAGCUCGGCUCAUUCGCACCCAUGGUCAUCACAGGAUCCUAACAUUAGAGACAUUGUAGGCCGAGCCUCGCGAGAAGCUGUUGUCCAAGACAUUAUAGACAUGCUCUACAGCGACGACCGCAAUAAUGUGAGCUUAGCUGAAGACGCUCUCCGGGUAAUAGUCUCUCGACUCUCCAGGCUCCGUCGAGACGAAGCUGACGAGGUGGUACGCAACAUUCCCAGCCACUUAGUGGAAGCACUGAAAGGAGAUUUGUCGCCAUCGACAAUUCCGGUGUUACCCAAUGAAUCAUUAGAAGACGCUGUCGCCCCUACAUCACAUACCAAGGCAGCAGCAGAAUGGAUCAAGGACCUCGCUAUCGCUUUGUGCAAUGCUGCCUCUCAAGACCAUGUACUCGGUGCGCUUCCCAAACUUCUUGAUGGUAUGAGUCACAUGGCCGAUAAACUGUUUCCCUACAUCUUACAUCUCGUUCUACUCAAGGACGCUGAAGGAGACAGGAAAGUUCGCCAAACCAUGUCCGCGGCGAUCAUGGACUGGUUCUCAAAGCACGAACCGUCACACGUACCAUACGUGCGCAGUCUCCUCCAAGCUAUCCUGUAUCUCCGCAGCCAGCCAAUUCCUAGGGAGAUGACGAGGGUAGAUCGAGACAGGUGGUUAGAGAUUGAUUGGCUGCGCGCAUCGGAAGCCGCCACAAACUGUGGUAUGUUUCGUACAGCGUUGAUGUUCGCAGAAACAUACUCAGGGACACCCACUGUGAAGAGUGUUUCACGGAGGUCAUCAAUAAUGCAGGAGGCUCCUAAGCUGCCUGUCAAAUUACAGCUAUCCAUCUACAAGAACCUGGACGAACCCGACUCAUUCUAUGGUGUCGAUCAAGGCUCCAGUCUUUCAUCAGCCAUCGAAAGGUUCGAUUACGAGGGGGAUGGCCUCAGCAGUAUGCUAUUCCGGGGAGCUCGUUUUGGGAGCCAGAUGCGCCGCUCGAAUGUUGUGAAUGCGACUGAUUCGCGCGGCUUCCUCAACAGUUUGAUCAAGCUCAACAUGGACAGUGUUGCCAAUGCCCUGCUUUCCACCGAUCAGUUGCGGGACAUUGGAGACGAAGCGGUAGAGUACACCUUACAUACAGCACGAAAGCUUGGUAAAUGGGACAUCAAAGCACCAGAGCUCAAUCAUAGCGAGUCCAGCACUCUAUACAAAGCUUUCCAAGGUCUUCACUACGCCACGGGCGAAGCCAGUGCCAAACUCAGCAUUGACAACCAACUGCUUGCGACCAUGGAGUUUCUGUUCGGGCGCCAAGACUCCACAUCGUUGACCAAGAUUCGGUUGCGUACUUUAGCAGCAUUAACUGAGGCCGACGAGCUCAUCAGCUGUGGGAGUCCCGACCAGUUGCUCGAUUCCUGGGAUCGAGUGAAGGGACGAGAAAAAUGGAUGCAGACUGGCGAGUUUGAAGAUGUACGUCAGCUGUUGUCGUGCCGGGAGACUCUGUUGAGUGUCAUGGGCUCCAAUAAUGCCCUCCUAGAUGCCAUACACACACGGGCCGGCACACUUCGCAGCAUGGAAGUCGAAGCUCUUGUAUCUACUUCGACUAUUUGCAGAAGACAUGGAGCGCUACAAGAAUCCCUCACAAGUGUUACAUACCUGAGCGACAUCGUACAGGACUGUAAAGCAUUUGGACUUGAUGUCGAGGCCAGUGCAAAAUAUGAAGAAGCCAACGUCUUGUGGGACCAUGGAGAGCAGGAGAAAUCCAUAGGCAUCCGACAAGAGCUUGUCGAUUAUGGCAACUUCGACUCCCAGGACAAACAGAUAAGCCUUCCGGUGUUAUUAGCCAAGCUGGGUCAUCACCUAGCCGAAGCUCGAUCGGCAACACCGGAAAAGAUCAUACAGAACUACUUGAAGCCAGCAAUCAGAGAGCUCAAAGGACAAAUCCAAGGUCCCGAUCCUGGACAAGUCUUCCAUGAAUUUGCCCUUUUCUGUGAUAAACAGCUGCAAAGCCCGGAAGCUGCCGCAGACAGGGACCGUGCAAAAUCUAUCAUGGAUCGAAGAGCUCAGGAGAUCCAGGAUUUUGAGAGACUGAUUCGCCAGGAACAAAGCAAGCAGACACGCGAGACUUACAAAAGAUCUCACCACAAGGCACACGUCUGGUACAAACUUGACCAUGCUGAAUAUGAGAGGUUACGCAAAGGCCGGGAGGAAUUGCUGCGCCAGUGUUUGGAGAACUAUCUCCUGUCGCUGCAGGCGAGUGAUGAGUACAAUAGUGAUGCACUCCGGGUGUUCUCGCUUUGGCUGGAGCAUUCCGAGACAAUGCUUGCGAACUCAGCUGUGCAUGCACAUAUCGACAAAGUUCCCAGUGGGAAAUUUGCGCUGCUGAUGAACCAGCUGUCAUCACGUCUUCAACAUGAUCGAUCCGACUUUCAGAAGUUAUUGACCAACCUAGUCUUCCGGAUUUGUAUAGAGCAUCCCUACCAUGGCAUGCAUCAAAUAUUCGCGAUGCAAAUGAAGACUGCAAAUGUUACGAGAGAAGACGUCAUCAGAUCAAAAGAUGAGGCUGCCAAGUCUCGUCAAAAAGCUGCAGCUUCCCUCGCGGCUGAACUGGCCAAGGACAAACGCUCUUCUAUAAUUUGGAGUUGUCUAUUCCGCUCAAACGAGAUCUAUCACGCGCUCGCCAUGUUCAAAGACGACAAGGAGCAGCGCCAGGGCCGAGACAUCUCACUGGAUAGAUACCCAGAGUCAAAGGCUUUGAUGCACAAAGUCCCGACAUACAAGGUUCCACCAGCCACUCUUCAAAUCGAGGUUCGCGCCGAUAUGGAUUACAGUCAUCUUCCUAGAAUUGUUAGGUUCAAAUCUAGGAUGAGCAUCGCCAACGGACUGAGCGCACCGAAGAUUAUCACAGCUAUCGGCUCUGAUGGGCACACUUACAAGCAGCUGUACAAGUCGGGUAACGAUGAUCUUAGACAAGACGCAAUUAUGGAGCAAGUAUUUGACCAAGUUUCUCGCUUGCUCAAAAAGCAUACUGCAACACGGCUGCGGAACCUGGGUAUCCGUACCUACAAGGUGCUUCCGCUUUCAACUCGGUCUGGUCUUAUGGAGUUCGUGCAGAAUACAAUCCCGCUUCAUGGGUGGUUGAUGCCUGCACAUGAAAGAUACAAUCCGCACGACUACAAACCCGAUAAAUGUAGGAAGGACAUUGGAGCGGUUCAGCAAGAAACGCUACAGGCCCGCGUCAAGGUUUGGAAUAAGAUUGCAGAAAACUUCCAUCCUGUGAUGCGUUACUUCUUUCUCGAAAGGUUCCAAGAUCCAGAUGAAUGGUUCGAACGCCGCUUAGCAUACACUCGGUCUACAGCUGCCAUUUCCAUCCUAGGCCACGUACUUGGUCUUGGCGACCGCCACUGCCAUAACAUUCUCCUCGACGAGAAAAGCGGAGAAGUCGUACAUAUUGACCUGGGUGUCAGUUUCGAAGCUGGACGUGUCCUACCUGUACCGGAGGUUGUACCAUUCCGCCUCACCCGCGACCUGGUCGACGGAAUGGGUUACACUAAAACCGAAGGCGUGUUCCGCCGCUGCUGUGAGUUCACAAUGGACACACUCCGGGAAGAGCGUGAGUCCAUAAUGACACUCUUGAACGUGCUGCGCUACGAUCCUCUCGUCAACUGGAGCGUAACCGCUACCAAGGCAAGACGCAUGCAGGAGCAGCAGGACACGAACGCUGCUCAGCGUUCCAACACUGCCGGUCCAGAGCGUACGCCUGUGCCAUCUGGUAUCUCUGCGACAGACUUGGAGGUGCAAGGGGACGACAAGAAGAAGGAUGAGCAGGCGGGUGAGGCUGGGAGGGCUCUCAGUGUCGUGGAGAAGAAGCUGAGCACGACGCUGAGUACGAAGGCGACAGUCAAUGAAUUGAUACAAAGUGCGACUGAUGAGCGAAACCUGGCAGUACUUUAUAUGGGAUGGGCUAGUUACGCAUAACAUCGUCUAUUGAUGGUUGGCGAUGGUCUGGGAUUCCAGGUGGCGACGGAUGAAUGGGGAUAGAAGGAGAUGUUUACAUAGUCAGG